AUGCUCUCCCGACUUCUCGCUCGGGCGCACCCGUCGCUCAACCCCUCGCUUCGAGCACUCACACAGACACGGACGCUGAUCCUCCCCGCCCGGCCCGCUCCGCUGACACCGGCAACAACCUCGACGUCCCUCUCAAACACCUGCAAGGAGCAUGGCGUCGUAGGCGCAGACCAGAAACGAGGCAUGAAGGUACGGUCGAGCGUCAAGAAGUUCUGCGAUGGGUGCAGCGUCGUGCGGCGAAAGGGCAGGCUGUACGUCAUUUGCAGCAAGGACCCGAAACACAAGCAGAGACAGGGCUAG